UAUCGAUUUGUUUACAAACAAAUGCUUCAAGUGGUCCCAAGCACAACACAGUAUCGAAUAACAAAAACCAUAAAAACCAAAAUAAAUUCCCCCAAAUCUCACCGAUGAACUGGACGCCGGGCCGCAUCGUGGGCACGGUAAAGCCCGCGGGUGCCGCCAUCGAUCCGAUCUCGGCCGGAAUGGUCGUUCCGUGCCCCGUUCCGGCGCCGGUGGUCCCAGCAGUGGUGCAGACAAUCACCGUGCCGAAGCCGGUUCCGGCCGGAACGGUCGCCCCCGCAGCGACCCCAAUGCCUAAUGGAAGUGCGCUGCUCAAGGGAUCCGUCCAGAGUUUGGCCGGUGGGGAUAAAAUCGUCGGCACGGUCAAUAUUGCCGGCAGCAGCAAACCGGGGCUGAGCUCGGAGGAGUUGAAACAGAAAGCGAUCGACGAAAUUCACCGGGACGUGCAGCGGGGCCGGGUCCGGGCGGCCCAGGUUGGUGCCCUGGGGUGGCGCGAGUGUCCACUGAAGAAGACCAACAAGCGGUUCCUCAGCAGGACGGUCAGUUCGGUGUUGCAGCACAACAAGCGGGAAACGUUGCGGAAUUUUUACUCUUCCACGCGGAAGUUGAUCGAAAUGGACCAGCGGGACGAGGGAAUGGAUCGGGAACGGAGGCACCACCACCGUCGGGAGCAUCAACAUCACAGGCACCGGAGGCGGAGUCGCAGUGAGGAGGAGCAGAGGGAGAGAAGGAAGUCUGAGGAGGAGAAAAUCGUGAAAAUAAAUCUGGACGAUGAGUUGGAAGAUGGGGAAGUUAGGGAUGAUGAUGAAUAAAAAUGAAGA